CUCGGGAAACUCGGCGUAUGAUUCAAGACAUCGAUCACGACCAAGUGCGGCGUCACACUGUUGGGCAGUCGCCUACACGAGGACGUCCGGUGGCAGCGUUGAAUACUUCAUGGACAGAGCGGUCGUGCCGUCGCUUUUAUGUUGUGCUGUAUUGAGGGCCGCGGCGGACAGCUGCCAAUGGACAAGGUCGUGUCGCAGCCGGUCGCACCAGGCCACUUGCGUUGGCAAUCGUUGAGCAUUGACGCGAGGUGUGUGGGGUGAUGGCGCUGUCAUUGCUUGAGUAUGGGGUACAGCUCACCGACCCCGCCGCGCCCUAGCUGGCUCACUCCCAUCACGCUGAACAACGACAGUUCUGCAAGGGCAUCCAGGCGUGUCUUGAAUGGGAUGAAAUGUCGGCGCGAGCGAGGCGACAGAGAAACACUUGAUGGUUUGACCAGUCUGCAGGAUGCGACUGGGCGAAGUGUCAGUGGUUGGAACGACAAGGGCAGGCAUGGAUUGCGUGAUGGCAAGUUGUGCGCGCGGGUCGUCGUUGGGACAACCGUCCUCCACGAGCGUGCUCAGCGUGCUGUGGCGUUGGUGAAAACGGCUGCCCACUUGCGCGCUUCUUGGAGCCCGUCGUUGCCGCGACACUCAAACACAAAGAGGUGCAUGUGGUUCCGAGAGUCGACGAACUGCAUGCGAACGCACGGCGAGUCGUCCGUGUUGUCCAUCACGAACGAAUGCACGCACUUUAAGUCGAGUCGCAGCACGGGUUUCGAUCGAUUCGCGUCCAAGUACACGACAAGGUGGUUGUCGUCGAACACACCCAUAAAGAACGCGUCGCCCCCAUGUCUUGUCGAGUCGCCCAUGGAGCUCAGAAACCCCGCCGUGCGUCCCGACAUGCGGCAUGGUACGGGCGCGCAAGACCACCGGACCUCCGCCGUCAACAAACUCGUCGAAGCACUGUCGUUGCAAUACACGACACUGGGUUUGCCUGGUUUGAGAAACACGGGAUGGCGCGCCUCAUGGCACGCACGGGGGGCGGCGACGUGGAGAGGACCUGUCAUUUGGCCAAGAAAUUUGUACUUUUUCCAAAGCGUGACCCCCACGAUCGUGACGACGACCGUCGUGUGCUUCAUGGCCACACCUGGCACGAAAAACGACACGUGAUACCACUCGACGACAUCGUGGUGGUACGGCUGAUGGGGGGUUUGAAAUGUGCAUAUCGAGAGUGACGUCGGGUCCUCGAUGACUUGAACAUGCAAAAAGCACGCGAUUGGGCUCGGAUUCGUCGACUGCACGUGCUCCACGACCCAAUGCUCGAGUCGAUAGCACACAACCGAUGGCUCACACCCACGACCGUGCGGCACAGGCUCUGCGUCUGCCCAUGUCGUCUGCACUGUUGAAUCGAUUUGGAUCCUUGUUUGCAACGAAGUGCUCUGGCGGUGGGACAACCACGUCGCUGCGCGAAGCGCAGUCAACUUUGCUCGUUGUAUUUUCUGCUGCAGGUACGAUUUCCAUCGGUGCUGGAUCGACACAACAGCGUGUUGGAUACGUCUUUUGGUGAGUUUGUCCAGCGCCACCCAUCGGCCGUGCUCGUUCGCAUGGCGAAAUCGAGUCCACCAUACUUGAAACUUUGACGUCACUGCUUUCAAUGGGCUUACGGGUGGUCCUGGCUUCGACAUCACUGCUUUGAAUGGGCGUAGGGGUGGUCCUGGCAACGGGCGACGUCGUGGCUCGAUCGGCUGCUUGACUGCUUGACAAUGACACCACGUGCGCCACCACCGUUGGAUUAAAGUCGCGGCGAAGUUUUCAUUUGUCGUGGUUGAGGGGAGUUGACAUGUAAUGGUAGCAAGGACAGUCGCAGUAGCAUUCGUGACUUCAGGUAGAUGGCUCAUUUCAUGUCGCUUUGUGCUGUCCAACGGAGUCAUACUGAUCGACGCACCUGCCUGCGGUGUGGGCUUGUGACUUCGGGAAUUCAGCCAAAGGUCACGAUAUGCUCGGAGUUUUUCCUGUUUCUUGGCAUCCAGGUGGCGUUGGCGGUGACCUUUCCAGGCCUUCGCGAUACGUCGGACGGCAGCUUUCUUGAUGGAAGGUCUCGGUGGCUGCAGAGAAAUCCAAGCAGUCACAGUUGCAGAUCGGGGCUGCGCUUCCACAACUUCACUGCCUCGCGCACAAGGGAGAUGGUGUGGCACCAACACACUUUCAUACGUCAUGAUGCGGUCCACGACGCAAUGCGGAACAUGGUCAAGUCGAAUUGCCAAUGGAGCCCAAGAGCUUGACAUCGAAGUUGCACGAAGCAGCAGCGGUGGCAAGGCAUUUGGAUUUUCCCGCCGUUCGCUUGGAAUAUGCUGUCCCUGGAUCGUCUUCCGUGCACGCCAUCGCCGUUGCAUCGUCGCAAUGGCCACGACAGUCGUCAACCGGACGCAACUCGUCCACGGCUGCUGGAUGAAGCAAGGGGUGUUGGCGAAAGACCGAAUUUGAACAGGUGGCGUGACGGAUGCGGCUUGCAUUGGAGUCGCAUCCCACUUCAGGAGUGGCACGAAUUGUUCCGCGUUCGCCCAUUGCGCGUGCAUGGCGACGACCUGCAUGUGCACGUCUGCUUCGCCCUUCAAUGUUCGGGCAGCUCGCCAUUGUCGCGGCGACGGCGCCAUUGCGUUAAACUGACCAACUUGAACGUUUGCACGAUUGGGGGGAUCCAAUGGCGCCAGUAUUGGACAACAAGCGCGCUCAAAUUCCAUUGUCGAGCAGUCGGCAACCAUCUUGAGCAGGUAGUUUGGACCAUGUUUUGUGCGAAAGGCAUGCGGAAACCAGAGCGUAUCGCGCCACAUUUCAAUCGCUUCGACUGUUGCCACGGACACCUGAAUCAUAGAUUGCAUCCACACUUCAUUGUCCAUUGCCGCAUGUAGUUCGCGGGCUUGCUCGAGCAAUUCUUCACGAUACUGAAUGCAGUGUAAAACACGCAGCGUGCACUGAAAAUGCACCGUGAGCAACUGGACUUGGUGCACUAAGCUUGGAAUACAUCCCCCGUGCAAUACAAGAAACGAGUCGCGAUCGACAUGGGGAAUCUUCAACUCCUCCCACAGCGUCUCCAUUCGCACCCUCAACCGAUGCUUGAUCGCAUCGAGUUCGUUCACGUCAAACUCCAGUGCAAGGUUGCGACUUUGGUCAAGGAGCUGCCUACAUCGCAGGAGCACGUGCGCGGGACUUUUCCGUGACACACACAAUUUCCGUGGCAGUUGUUCGAUCCACUUGUACGCCCCUGUCGGUUUGGCCGCUUGAAGUCGUCGGGGCAACCCAGGGUGAUUUCUCAAGACUUUCUCGACAUGGUGGCUACGAGGUUGACUUGAUGAUGCACCUCGUUGACUGGCGUUCAUCGUUCGUGACGUAUUGGGCUUCAUUGCCGGCAAGGGGUCGCCAGUUUUCUGUCGGCGUGAUGCUUCUUCCGUCAUUCCUGCCACCUUGCUCGCAUCGUCGUGCGCCUUUUCAACUCGAGAUAUCCGGAUAAUCGUGGAGAAAUCCCG